AAAAGAAGUAGGAAAGCAGGCAGUGCAACAAACUGAAUUCACUUCUUCUUCGGUUUCUUACUUUCUUUCACUCUUCACUUCACCUGGAUAUCGUUGUUGGAUCUUGGAACUGGUGUGGGCUAUUCUCGAACCAGAAUUCAUUUACAGUCUGAAUCUGUCAAUAAAACCGUAACUCCAGCUCGGAAAAUCUUGGCGUCUCUCUGUGUGUGUCGUUGUAGUUUUUCGAUUUUGAAUGUCGGAGAAACUAGAAAGAUCUCCGAUCCCAAGAGAAAUGAUAACUCGGUCGAAACUCGUGGAGCAACUCAGAGACUACCAGAUCCGAUCCCAGAACAAGUGUCCUGCUCUCACUGUCUUCUCUCCUAAACCCCAUAUCGCUUCCUGGGCUGAUGUUGCUGUGGCAAUCUUUUGGGCCUUAGUGUUUAGCAUGCUUGUCAUAGCAUCCUACGUGUCCUUGUACUUCAGGCACUUUUGGCUCUCUUUGAUCUUUAUCUGCCUUGGUAUCUUUCUUCCUGUACGCCUAAGAAUAUCUAGGCUUGCACUGGCCCGGAAAAGGGAGAGAAGAUUGCAGUUACCAUUGUCCAUGUGAACAUCUAUGGCAGUGAAAUUGUGCAGCUGUGUACUUUAGCUGAGAAUGGCUUAUCUCUUACUUUCGAUUCAUUCGGCUUUCACUUUAUUAGAUGCUUGAGUACUGAUAUUGUUGACAAGGACUCCUGCUUGCCUCUUUCCGAAGAUGGUAUGAUUCUUUUUUUAUGUUUAUCCUUUUUUAUAUCCCAUACACAAAGGAUGCGAAUUUGCCAAAUACCAUUUCUUCACACAUAAACACCAUAUACGUUUUGAGCCAAGAGAGAAGAAAGCUUCCUGUUGAUAUUCCCCUCAUCAACUUGUAAAUUCAGUUUGGUUUAAGAAAUUUUAUGCUUAAUUGUUCUGCAGAUAAAGUUACAUUACAUAUUUUACUAUUCAGGUUUGAGACACGAGGAAUUACAAACUUGCUAAUUAAUAGUUGAAAUUUAGAAUUUGUGAAGAAGGGGAAAAGAGGGAGAGAGAUAAGAAUCCAAUGAUGAAUGGGUCUUUAGUGACCUGUAAUAUUGGCCGAAUAUAUGUCAUGUGGCUCUUAUAUUUCUUUCCUGUAAUUUAUAUAUUUUUUGUUAAGCAUAUUGGAUUGGAUUCUA